AUGCCGUUAGCUUCGAGACUCGCCGCUGGAGGCCAGGGCCCACCCUCAGCCGUUCCUGCGCCGCUGCAGGUCGGUGGUCAAUAUCAAUAUCAACAGCAACAGCCGCAAGGAUAUCAGUCGCCGGUUCCAGGAGGCUACGCGCGCCCGCCUCCACCACCGCCAGCGCGACCUGGGCAAAGCAGUCCGUAUCCAGGCCAACAGCAACCAUACAGUCCAGCGCCGUAUCAGAGUCAACCCUACCAGCAACAGGGACCACCAGGAGGCUACGGAGGAUAUGGCGGACAACCACCUCCAGGAGGACAGUACGGAGGCGCACCACCACCCCAGCAAGGCGGCUACCCACCACAAGGCGGCCCACCACCCGGUCAGUAUGGCGGCGCUCCUACUGCUGGCCCACAGGACCUCGCCGGCUACCAGCGCCAGCUAGAGCAGGCAAUUCAAGAGAAGGGUCUGCAUAGAUUCUACGGUCCAGGAACACCAGGCGCACAGCGUCUGCCUCAGAUUGCCCAGCGCGCUGCGCAGGCUGUGGACAGGUUGUGCCAGGCCUGGCGCAUCCAGAAAGAGAUUGCCAACGAUAUCGUCCGCCUCGCUCUCUACGAUGUUAUCAUCUACGUCGAUGACAGCGGCUCCAUGUCGUUCGAGGAGAACGGCGAGCGCAUCAAGGACUUGCAGCUUAUUCUGCAGCGAGCCGCCUUCGCCGCCACACUCUUCGAUGACGACGGUGUGGAUCUUCGUUUCAUGAACGAGGACCUUCCACCACAGGAAAUCUCCAACAUCCGCAGCGAGCAGCAGAUUGAGCAGAUCCUCGCUCGCAAGCGCUACAAGGGUCUCACGCCUUUCGGCACGGAGUUGCGCAAGAAGGUCAUCGACCCGCUCGUUGUCUCGAAGCUCAACAGUGGCCAAAUGCAGAAGCCAAUUCUCAUCAUCAGCAUCACAGAUGGUCAGCCAGCUGGAGAGAACCAGAACACGCUUGUGGAGACGGUGCAGUAUGCUGUCCAGGCCGCUCAGCGUUCGCAGUAUGGUCCAGGUGCUGUUGCAUUCCAGUUUGCUCAGGUUGGCAACGACCAGAAGGCUACCGAGUUCUUGGCCAAGCUUGACAACGAUCCCAUGGUUGGUAGGGAAGUGGAUUGCACGUCGAACUUCGAGAACGAGUCUGCCGAAAUGGCGAGAGCCAACCCACCUGUCGACCUCACACCUGAUCUCUGGAUGAUCAAGCUCAUUCUUGGUGCCAUCGAUCCAAGCUAUGACACCAAGGACGAGAAGUCGGGCAUGACGGGUGGUCCUCCCGGUGGCCAAUUUGGUGGCCCUCCACCUGGCCAGUACGGUCAGCAGCCACAGUACGGCGCUCCUCCACCAGGCGGCGCUCCAUACGGACAGCAGGGCGGUCCCGGCGGUUAUGGCCAGCCCCCACCUCAGCAGGGAGGAUAUGGCGCUCCUCCUCAGUACGGUCAAGGACCACCAGGCCAAGGACCUCCUGGACAGGGAACACCCGGUCAAUACGGCAGACCACCACCAGGCCCACCUCAACAAGGCGGCUACCCACCUCAGCAGGGUGGUUACGGCCAGCCUCCAAGAUACUAA